AUGGUCGAUAUUAAACAGGAUUCGAACAGGACAAAGGCGCUGUGGAGACCUACUCCAUCGCUGGAAAAUGAAGUUCAGUGUAACUGCGGUCAUGAAGAUCAGACCAUGCCGCACAUUUCUGAAUGCCCGCUGCGAAAGUUCGACGGCUGCAUAAUUGAUGUCCAAAAUGGCUACCGCUGCAGCCUGAUUGCUGUUGACAUUGAUCCGGUAAAAAUCAAAUGCGCCAGAAGAAACGCUGAAAUCUACGGCGUUUUGAACAAGAUCGACUUCAUAUGCGCAGACUUUUUUAGUCUUAUUCCGCAUCUAGCAGUUGAUGUUCUGUUUUUAAGUCCUCCUUGGGGAGGGCCGGCAUAUUUGAACCAAGAAGUUUACGACACAUGUUAUUUGAUGGGUAUUGGACUGAAGACGAUUUUUCGUUUCGCACAACAGUUCACUUCAAACAUUGCCAUUUUCCUUCCUAGGAAUGCGUCAAUCAUCCAGCUCACUGAACUAGAAAAAAAUGGUGACUAUGUGGAAGUUGAACAGAAUAUUUUGAACAACAAAUUGAAGACUGUGACAGCGUACUACGGAGACUUGGUGUGUGAUUUUUCGGAAAAUGUUUGUGAAUAA